GACUAUACACCAGUCUUUUAAACAUUGUUUUGAUCAAUAUGUCAAAGGAAAUCCAGGUACUCAAUCUUUAAAAUGAAGGUGAAAUUGAAGUUGAAAGGAUUAGAUAAUGAAGGAGUGAAGAUGAUAACAUUCCAUUCCAACUCUUCAGUGAAGCUGCGGCACAUUGCAAGAGCAAUCAACAGCAGUAAGUUAGCCAGCUGGGCCUUCGUUUUAUCGCUUCUGCUGCAGCUGGUCUCCGGAGAACGGGAGGCACUCGUACGCCUGCAGCCGGGCGGAAUCGAGGUGCGUGGAGUGUAUUCUCGCAGUGGACCCAACGGUAUAAAUGCAUCAGGAUUGAUACAGACUAUAACAAGUACAUGCAGCGAAGAUGGUGACACUCUACCCGAUGAGCUUGAUAAGAGCAAGACCGAAGAGGAUAAGAAGCUGUCUGAAGAUGAGGAAUGGGUCGGGAUCUUCUACCUCCCACCCCUAGAGGAAUCUGCCGGAGCACAAGGAGGAACGGGGUGCUCUCUUCUCGAGCAAGUGAAGCAAGCAAUGCUGUUUGGUGCUUCAGCUCUUCUAGUAUUGGCUCUUAAUCCUGGACUCUUCAAAGAGAUUGAGCUUCACUUCACUACCGAUAGACCAAUCAUACUCAUCACUGACCCAAAAGAGAUCAAGAAAUUUAGAUCAAAUGUUGAUUUGAGGAAUGGCAAACAUAGAGCUAACAUCACAGCUAGACCAGACUCUAGAGCCAAGGCGACCCCUAAGCUGACCCUUUGGUCAACCUGUGGCCGGUCUAGCGGGGGUAGCAAGUUCAGAGAGUGGGAAGGGACUGUAUGCUUCUCCCAGCACAAGUCCUCGUCAGAGCAUGAGUACUACUGGAUUUGGCGUAGUUUGGUGUCCCUGAUCAUCGGAUUUUACAUCCUAAGCAUGCUGAGAGGGAUGGCACAACAUCCACAACAAAACAACAUUGAAGAUCUAGAGGAGACUCUUCAGAGGUUAGCUAAGCAGUCCCUGUCUAAGAUGUCAGUAUGGAAGUAUAAGAGGAAGAAAUAUGAGUUUUCAGCCAGCGACUCCAUGGACAGCUGUGCAGUGUGCCUGGAGGAAUUCUUCAAAGGACAAACAAUACGAAUGCUGCCGUGCCACCACACGUUUCACAAUAGAUGCGUGGAUAGUUGGCUUAUACGAAAAAGGACCUGUCCUCUAUGCAAGAUGGACAUCAUAGAUGAGCGAUUCGGCCUGGGCAAGAAAUGCUGAUGCAACUCAAAGCCCCGGCAGAAACAACAAGCAAACAUAUUUAUUCAUAUAUAUCUAAUAUAUUACCCUAGGUUGAUAGUACAGUGUAUGUGGUUGUGUUCCUUUUCGUUCGUGUCUGUCUUAGGAAAAAUUAUGUACCUGGAAGAACUGUAUUUUCCUAUUUUGUCUGUGUGUGUAUUUAUUGCUGCAAGCAUUUUAAUAGUGGGUCAGUCUAAAAACUAGAGCUACAUGUAUGUGUGAAUAUAAGAUGUGUCCCCAAGACAUAGAAUUUCACUUGACUUGAACUUGUGGAAAAUUAAGUUGUUCGUGAUUCAUUCUUUCCUUUUUUUAUUUGUUAAACUGAGAUUCUUAAAAGCAAAGAUUGCAUAGAUAUACGGAGUGGUCAGGAGUAGAAAAUUGUGAAAUUUAAUUUAACAGUUUAUCAAACAGAACAUUUCAUUUUAUUCAUAACUUGGUUAUGUAAUGUGUAUACCUAACCUUAGAAAUACAAUGCAUCUGCCAUAUGUAUCGGUAUAUCAUCUCUAAAAGCGUAUUUCAUUUUUGUUUAAUUCAGGUAUUUUUUGCAACUUGUAAGUAAGCAAAACCAAAAAAGUCCUAUAAUAAAAUGAAGGGACUACUUUCCUCUACUUGGUUCAAGAGAUUAUCGUCAGAUUUUUGUAAUUCUUUUUGCUGAAACAGCUUGUAGCUCUCAUGUAUUGGGUUAUCUGCAUACAUGUUCCGCUACGUUUUAUUUUCUUGUGUAAUUGUAUUGGUUUACUACCAGGUUUUAUGCUUUUGUAUUGGGUGGUAUGAUCUAGCUUUUACAGAGCUGUAAAACUUGUGAUUUUGUGUACUAGUGUAUGACUAUGGCUGGGUUAUAUGUACAUGUACAUGUACAUGUACCGGUAGUAGUAUUCUAUCAACAUUAUGCAACAUACUGUACAAACUUCUACCUCUGAAAAUCUGGAUGUAGAGUUGACCCACGAGUAUCGCACUAUCAAUGUAUUUUCAAUGAUCAAAAGCCGUUUUAUGACCCAGUCAUAGUCGAUGCUUCUUUUGCCUUGUAUCUAUCCCCUUUUAUGGUAAAAAUCAAACAUGUAUGGCCAGUAGUCUACUCACACAUCGUGAGUAAUAAACAAUAAACAAUGUUUAUCAAGAGUAUGCAAACUUGUGUUUUAUUUGUAUAGAAAUAAUAUAUGAAGCUCAUGUUUUAGUAUGUGUAUAGCCACAUGGAACACCUAAUACGCAGAACUAAAUAUUUUUCGUGAUUUGUACACUUCAAAAACAUGCAGUCCCAGUGUUAUUCAGGCUGUAUACAACAAACCUGUGUCUUUAGUACUGUAUAAGCUGCAAUCAAGAAAACAACCUUAUGGCCAAGUAACAAAACAUACAAGUUUCUCGUCCCCGCCCACCUCCUUUUUGGCCGCCGCCUCCUUUUGUUUACAUUUUGUAUAAAAUAGCUUCUAUAGCUAAUUCAAGCUGAUUAACACAAGACAUUGUCCAUUUUUCACCGGUUCUAAAAUGAUACAAAUCCUUUGUUUUGUCAUACCUUGCAUCAGUAUACUCAAAUAGCACAUCUGUGAAUAAAUAUACCUUGGCCAGCCAUAUUCCGCAUGACGGCCAUCUUGGAAAAAAAUAGCAAAAAUUGAAAAAUAGUAAAUACAUGUAGUAUAAAAGCGCUGCCACCUCCGUUUUUGAAAAAGUCUGGACGAGAAACUUGUUACUUUUUGUUACUUGGCUUGAUACAUUGUAGGAUGUUUUCAAAAUCAGAAUGGUUGUAAUGAUACUUGUAUUUUCAAAUGAUAUACUCAACUCAGAUAGUUAUGAAAUGUGAACUGUUCAUUCACAGCGAGCAAAUAAGGGCAAAAUUAAAACUCCUUUAUUUUAUAAAA